AAACACUUGUGUCAGCCUCACCACAACUUUACUCUGCAGAGGUUUUACUCUUUGAAGUAUCCCUCCUCUCUCUCUCCCUCAGCCUGCGUGGCAGCAAACCGCAGAGAGAGAAAGAGAGAGAGUGAAAGAGAGAGAGAGAGAGAGAGAGAGAGAGAGAGAGAGAGAGAGAGAGAAGGUGGGACUCUGGGGGAGGAUUGCUCAACAACACAGGCCGAUGUAAAGUUGUGGAAAGCGGUCAGAAAGUUGCAGGACGCCGUUGACUCCUCUGCAGGUAAGACAUGAAGCGCUCACUGCGCAGAGCUUUCUGUGGUGCGUUCAAAGACCUCCAAAGUUUGGGCAUGAUUCAGCUUUGUUGUCAUGUAUCUGUCUGGGAGUUAGUUUGGACUCAGUCUGAAGCUCGGUUUGUGUGAAAGAUACAUUCAGCUCCACGGUCAGUCUGAGCGACAUAUGGAAAUGAUAUUUACUCAGUGCAGCCCGGACGGAAACCAAGCUGCACCGACUUUUGCUCCUGUCCUCUUAAAACAUGUUUUUACCCGCUGUUUGUGCUGUAUGGUAGAAGUUCUCAGUCAGACCAGCACAUUGGUCAGAAGUAUAUUCAUAGCCCAGCACGGAGGCUGAAACUCUACUCCAGUUGUUCACUAGGUCACAGUUUUCAUUUACAUGAGGUCUCUGCCAGCUCGGUGUAAUGCUCUGCUGCUUACAUGGAGUUAUGCUGCACUUUAACACAACAUUAAAGAGCUUUAAGUGGGAUAUACUGUUUCAAAACAGCAAAGUCCUGCAGACUUCUGCACAGCCCCGAAUAUUCCUCCCCCUUUCUUUCUUUCUCUUUUUAUUUAUUUAUUUUUUACUUACUAUUGCUAAAUGCACUUACAAACUAUAGUCAUGACACAGAGAAACAACAUAUAACAAAUACAAAAAGAGGAAAACAAAAAUAACAAUUGCAGUGUCAAAAUAUGACUGUAACAUCUUCAGAUACAAGAGUGAGAAAUGUGCAAUAAAUUCGACAACAAUCAAUUGAUAAAUAUAAUAAAAACAGACCAAACAUCAUCAAAUAUCUGAAAGAAAAAAAGGGUACCAUGGCAUAUACUAUAUUCACCUAACCCUCUUAAAAAAACACAAUAUCUAGUGCCUAACUUUGUCCAAAUUUUUCUUUUCUUCUUUUGAGCAAAUAACAGAUGGAAGAUAACCAAACAACUUUAUUUCAAACUUCAACACCAUCAGAAAAACUUUCUGCUCCCUGGUCUCUAUUACCUGGAGCUCCUGUUUGAUGUACUGUGAUUGUGACCAGGGACCAUCAUGCCAUCAGUGCCCUGACUUUCAGGUUUGAGUGUUUAUGUGAACUUCUGCUUGUUUGAACAGAACUGAUGGACUAACUGUAAGAUAAGAUUAGAUACAACUUUAUUUAUCCAUUUGGGAGUUCCCUGAAGGAAAUCAAAAUUUAUCAAGGUUAAGGUGAUGUUGUGGCUUUGGAACAACUCAGUAGACAACUAUGAGAAGGAAACUAUUAAGUAUAAAGGCAAAUUAAUUUAAGGCUAGUCGAGUUGGAACCAGAUUUUGUCUAGAGCACAUUCCCUUAUCACCUUAGGAAGUCCUGAAGAAACAUUAGUAGUUAUCAGAAACUGCAGUAUUCAUCCUGCUGAACCCUGAACACUUUCAAAACUGGAAUAAGACUCAUAGCUGGAAUACUCAAGUCCUUGAAAAUGCACUCAGUCUGGUGUUUUCUUACAACUCUUAUCCUUAUAUAUUUAAAUAUUUUUCAUGCAGCUCACAGGGACUGUUUUAGGUGGAAAUUUUCCAAAAAGGCUGUCCCUGCAGAGCCCCAUUUCUUACCUCAUCUGACACUGACACUGCAGGCAGAGAAAUAACUUUAGAGAUCACCAGACUUCCUUCAGAUGGUCCUGUUUCUUUCUGCAAGUCAUGUUAAGACAUGGGCAUUACUGUUGGCCUUUAAAGUGAUCAAACAGCCUCAUAAACACUUUGAAAAUAAUUCAGUACAUGGUGAGAAAUCGUUCAGAGUAAUCCAACUUGGCUUUCUGUUAGACAAUGAGGUACAGAACCUCCUCUGUGGCCUCUAUGAUAAUAAAAAAACAAAAAACAUCACAUGCAUAUUCCUAUGUAGUGUGAAAGCAGAACUGUGUGUGUGUUCGUGUGUGUGUGUGUAUGUCUGGUAUGUAGGUGUUUGUAUGUAUAAGUGAAAAUGUCAUGCAUCAAAUACAGCAGCAGCAGGCUGCAGGGGUCAGCCUGUUAGGGGCAGUGUUUGUUUGUGUGUGUGUGUGUGUGUGUGUGUGUGUGUGUGUGUGUGUGUGUGUGUGUGUGUGUGUGUGUGUGUGUGUGUGUGUGUCACAGGGGGCUUGGCUGGCGGUGGGCGUGUUGCGGGGCUGUUAUGAGGAUUCCUGGGCACACAAGGUCACAUAGUGGUCUAAAAUUAGUCACGUGUCAGCUGUGACAGCCAGCAGUGUUCUGUGGGACUAGGAAGACAGAGAGGACUGGGAGGACUGGUCAGUUUCCACCAGCAGGUCAACAUGUUCUCACUCAUCCUCACUGAGGGGCUGCAAAUGCUGUUCGGCGGUCACUAACUGCAGGAUUUCUCUGGUUUUGAGGUUUAGAGGGAGUUGCAGCACACUGAUAUUGGCUGACAGCAUUAAUGAUUGUAGGUGGAUGAAUCUAAUAAAUUAGUUCAAAUCUGAUAGUUUUUUUUUUAAAUCUGAAAAUCAUGUUAAGCUAUUAAAGAGGUAUCAGAAAAGAAAUGUAGAGUCUGAAAAAAUGCAUGACAUCCCCCCUUUAAUGUACAACCAAGGGGAGUUAUUAAACUGUACUCAGAAAUGAACAAUUUCCCACUUUUACAAUAUUUUUAUAUGUGUUUUUACUUCUCAGUUUUAAGUUGCUCCACUGCAAAAAACCACAUUUAACAUCACGAAUAGUCCUGCUGUUUGAGAAUGGACACCUCAAAGAGUGUGGCCUAUGCAAACUGCUCACCUGAUUGGUCUUUAAGAAUGGGAUGUAGGCCUCAGGGAUAGUGGUAGUUGCCCCCUGGUGGCUGUUAGAGAGAAUGCAGCAGUAAGGCCCCUUCCUAUUGGCCUCACUUUGCAGAGCUGGGAAGGCAGCAUGCACAUUUAAAACAUUUCAACAUGAAUGAGAGGGAUGUGAGUAAGGAUGGCAGGAGAUAAUUGCAUUAAAAAAAUGUAGAUAUUUAAGUCUUAGAGAAUACGGUUUAAUUUUUAGAAAUGAAUUGAUUAUUCUGUCAUGCUAUAGUAAAACAGUUUAGGUUUUUGUGAGAUAAUCAGUGUCUUUGUGCGUUGAGGAGAAUAACAGACAGUAAACUAUCAAUAAGAAGCAGAGUAAAUCAUCCACAGCCCUGACACGAUGACUAAUGACCAUAAACGCCAUGAUUCAGCGGCGGCACGGCCCGUGAUGAUGUUGAAAGAUUAAACUGAUCUGAAAGCUGCAGAGAGGAAGUGGAGAGAUGACUAACCAGAGAGAUAUUUUAGUGCAGAGAACAAGGAACUCAGUGUUUGACCGUGCUGCAGAUAAAGAGAACUGGACUCUUGAGGGGGAUAACUGGAUGCUUCAAUGGUAAGGAGACUGCUAGAUAAAUAAGUAUGAUUGAUUUAGUGGAAUAAAAUAUUUGUAACGGUAGAUUUGCUGCAUCAUUUAGGCUGAUCAUGUUAUUAACAGCAGACCUUAGAAAUAUGAUUCAAAAGUUAGAAAGCUGGUUAUUUUCAAUGCUUUGGUUGAAUUUAUUUGCAGAAAGUGUCUCUUUUUAUGAGCAGCAGGGACAUUUUUGUUUUUUCCAUCAGAAUAAUCUCAUUCAGUAAAAUUAGGAAGUGCAGACUGGCCUUAUUUGACCCCUGCAACAGGUAACAUAUGUGAUACAGUUUACACCUGUACAGUUUUUCUGUUUGCUCUGUUUGUAAUACAGCAGAUGUGGAGCGGUUAGUGUUAAACACUAAAUUCAGCCUAAUGUGUUUUGUUUUUCUGAAUCAGUAUUGAGCUGAAAUGAGUCUCUGUAUCAGUGCAUCCCUUCUCCAGAGCUGUAAGUGUCAAAGCAAUUAAUCUGAAAGCCAUUGCACCUUUACCUGUGCGGGUGGCUGCGGUGGUUAUCAGGACAUUGUGGUUGUCUUUUAACAGAAAACAAUGCAGCCCGAAGAGGAGACAUUAAGACAGUUCAUGAAGAUAUAAGAGGUGGAGUGAUUCAUGGCAGCAGAAACACAGUGGUCUGAGGACUCUGUGGGAGUGAGAGCUGAAUACAAAGAGCAGAUUGAGGAGGCUUGCCAGUGUGAUGACUCUACACAUCACUGUUAACUUGUUUCUCUGCUGAGCGUUACAAAAUCCCCUGAUACCAGGAGAUCUGCAGAAAAAAUGACAAAUAUUCAGUUAGAAACUAACAAAAUAUAACCACCAGGCCACAGGACGAGCUGGUGGGAGCAGGAAUUCGGUGGAGAAAAUCUUCAAACAGGUUUCUACUUUCUUUCCUGUUGUUGAUAAACUCUAGCUAGUUGUUAAAAGACUUUGAUUUUUGGUCAUUUAACAAAAACAUUUAUUGUCUUUUUUCUAUCAGAGAUGUUUGAGUUCCCUUCUGAUUCACUCACGGUGAGGUGCAGGAGUAAAAGUUACAUGCUUUAGUUUAUAGAGGUUAAGUUCAGUUUUCUAUACCGUUAAAAUACAAUCAGUGAUUCUUUUUUGACAUAGCUUGGACACAUAUUUGUGUACAGGAGAUGAUAGUUGUGGGAUGUCUGACUAUGAAUAGCACUAAUGUCUGUUUAACUCAUUAAAUGACAUUCAAAGUACAUAGAUCGAUCACCAGCUGCUCAUCUUCCACCUCUUUACACCACAUUACAUGUGGUGUUCCACUAGGUUCACUUCUGGAUCCUGAUUUAUUUUCUGUUGACAUGCUGCCACUUAGCCAAAAAUGCUGCCCUACAACAACUCCUUUCAGUGACAUGCCGAUGACAUUCAGAUUUACCUUUCUUAAAGACGUGAGGACCUUAAAAGCUAAUCUUUGGCAAUUGAUCCCCAUUCACCUCAAUGAAUUGCGGAUGUAAUACCAAUUAUAUCCGCUGGGUGGUACUGCUGCACAAAAAUAAUAUCAUCUGAAAGUCGCUGAUAAAGCGGAAGUGAGUCGGUGCCGUGCAGCUCCUCAGAUAUGACAAAAAGUAUGCUUAAAAGAUGAGGUAAAAAAUUUUGUCCAGAUAUCAUUUCUAGACACCCUAACAAUCAUAUUUUAGUUGAAGGGUUAAAGUCAAACAAUAAGAAGUAUAUUUAUAAUUCCUCAGAAAACAUGGUUGACCACUUGUUGAGUUGCCAGUUUAAGCAGCCAGCGGAAACAGCCUAGCUUAAGUCGUUAAUUUCUCAUUUUAACCCAGUUUUCUGACCAUUGUGAGUCAUUCAGUUUGUAAGCUACACAAACAUAAUUAAUAUAAGCCUAUGAAUCCUGAUUUAUAUUGGAUCUAAGAUGUGGCUUUUAUUCUUUUGAGAUGUUUGAAGCCACCCAUGCAAAUCUGGAUGGCAGAUGGGUGCCAUUCAUUUGAUCGGUAGCUACUGAUGUUGAACUAAUGUCAUAGCUCAAAAAAUAUCCAUCAUACAGCUUUAAUAUUAAUAUCAUAUGGACCUGUACAAAUGUGUGAACAUUUUGAUCAAAAUACUCAGUUUGCAAUACACAGUUUGACUCACUUACAAAAGUACUUAAGGCUCGCUAAAUAAAUAUAUUUCAGACUUUUGUGCAAUGGUGAGGGGCACAGAGGAAUGCUGAGUGAUUAAAAAAUAUAUGCAUACAGUAUAUCAUUAUAUAACAGGUGAGUUAUGUGUAUGUAUUGAACAUAAAUAACCAUGUACAGAGGUACAUGUCAGAUGAGAGGAUGAUGUCUGCAGUUCAAAUAUGUAAAGGAGUGGUUAUAAAUGGAAGUGGUUAUAAAGGUUGUGUAAAAACAUUUGUUAAAUGAAUGAGAUGUUAAUUUACCAAAUCUACUCUGUGAUGUUUUUAUAUAAGAAAAAUUACUAAUUUUGUUGCCUCUCCAAAUACAAACAAAAUGUCAGCCAAGCAGCUAAAGAAACAGCCUGUUUGAUAAUUUUCACAUCAAAUACUGACAAUAAAUUCAAAAUCUGAUUGUCAAACGUCAGAGGGGAGAUUAGCAAAGGGGUCUACAGGGGGCGCCACAAUUUACAUAAAUUAAACAGGAGAUUGAACUGUUUUUAUUAGUUCCAUCUCAUCCUAUUUCUGAAAUCAUUUCUGUCUAUAUUUUAGCUGCUUGGUUUUCGUCUUCUGCUCUUAGGUUCUCAUGUUUUAUAGGUUGAUUGUGUUGUUUGGGUUCUCCCGUGGUUGUAAAAUCUGUUGGUUUCGAUUUCAGUAACAGAUUUCUCAGUUGUUGAACUUUUUUUCAUAUUGGUUAGGCUGUGGUUUUUUGUGUUUGGGUUGUUUGGUUAAUUUUUUCUUGGUUGUCAGAACUCUUUCUAAUCCCCGUUUUUACAAGCUCCAUAUACAGGAUGUUUUAAUUCUUGUUAUUUUUAUGUUUCUUCUUCUCGUAUGGCAGUACUAGAGUUUGCUGGCAAAAAAAAAGACCUGUAUGGAUGAUAAGCUAGCCUUUAGGAAACACUCAUUCAUGUUUGUUGAACAUUUUGUAGCUUUUUAUUGAUCCAACACCUGACUGAAUGAAGCAGAAUAUAGUCCGGGGUUGUAGCCCUGCAGUGUAAAGUGUUGGUGAGCUACUAAUUGUGUGUCAAGCUCUGGUUGGAACAGCUGUUUUUUGUGUCUAUAAUAGCAGGUCACCUUGCUGUUGUGACUGCUAACAGUAAAUCACAUAUUGUCCUUUUCUGUCAGUUAUUUAAACAAUCAACCAGAUAAAGCUCUAAGACCACUAAUUCUUAUCUGAAGACACUUUGUUUGGACUGCAUUUAAUCCUCUUGGUUCAUUUGCUGCAUUUAUUUUCCAGUUUCUUGUUUCAGUUGCUGUGACUCACAGGAAUGCAGUUUGUGAGUCUUAUUUCUAAAAACAGAGGUCACGUGUCUGCUGUCCUCUGCGAAGGGCUGAAAUCCCAGCAUGCUUUGCGGGCACGGGGUCUGCCACACCUUUCUGUGCCUGAUAUCACACCUCCGGGUGACUAAGAAAUCAGAAAUGUGACAUUUUUUGCUGUAGUGUGAAGUCACCUCCUCCAUCUGGUUCUCUGGAAAUGUCUGUAAUUUCCUUCAGAACUGAAGAGGAAACUGCUGCGUGGGCUAAACUUUACAUUUGUUUUAAUCCGAGCUCAGCAGCACAAAAUUAGGAUUUAGUAAGUUUGGAAAAAACCUCUCCAGUUCUAGACUCAGUCACUUUUUUAGAAAUUCAAACAUAAAGUAAAGGAAGUCAAACAAGAAAAGUGAGCCUGGAGCUAGAGGAUAAAAAAAGAGGAUAAAACCUGCAGACAGAAAACUCCAAAUAAAUUCUUUACACAUCAGUUAACAAAUUACAGUCAUUAAGAAAAGCAUAAUCCUUAAAACGCUCAUGGAACCUGCAGGCUGUAGCCCAACAUUAAGUUUUCCUGUGAAUGAGUACUGAUUGGUGCUUUUGUUCUCAUGUGGUUCAAGAAUGUCAUGCAAACACUUGACAAGAAAUUUUGUAACAUGGAAGUAAAGGUGGGGAAAUUUAGUAAAGAACCAGAUAACCUCAAGAAAGACAACAGGAAGUCAGGGCUGGACUCCUCACACUGUUUACGUCUGAAAUGCGUCAGCCUUAUUCUCUGGAAUCUUGAUCAAUAAUUUAUUACAGGUUUUUGUUUUAUAUCUAUCACUGUAGCUACUCAAAGAAAUUUGAGUGCAUACACUCAAUUUCUUGCAUUCUGGUGAAAAGUAAUGCAAAAUUUGUGAGGCUGAAAGGACAACUCAAAAUUAUUCAGUAUUUUGUUUUAAAUGAUGAAUACUUUCUGCAGGUGUUACAAAUUGUAGCAGGAAUUAACAGCCAGGCAUCAGUGAUCUGUUGUACUAAUACAAAGAGAACAGGAACAUCGCAAUUCUGUUUUUACUAUUGUCUGGUUGCAAUGUGGUACUCCUGCCAGGUGGUGGCAGUAGUAGACGUAAAAGCUGUUCGCUGACUGCACCAAAAGAAGAGACAAUAGCUUACUGCAUUUAGUAGCAAAAAUCGAGUAUUGGCAACAGUUGGAACAGCUGGUUUAGCUGUGUGAGGUUUGGAGCAGGAGAAGAAUACGGAGAACGUGCAUGAACAAUAAACGUGACUGUAAAAUGAAAACAUGCACACCACACUGCUGAGUCAUAGAAACACUGGCUAACAGACUGUUUACUGUUAGUGUCCACACCCUCAGCACAGAAAGUGAAUUUUUUUGUGAGUUGUUACUUCCUCUGUAAUCAAAAUCAGGAUCAGAGGGCGAGACUUAAAAAAAGAUUCAGAAACUAUAAAAAUGUUUGAUGUGUUUAUGAUUGUUGCCAUAAUCGAGCAGCCCUACUGUAUAGAGAAUCAACAUUACUAGGAUGAAUAUAAUAAAGUGGCACCCAAAGUUGUUAAUACUGUAGUACUGUAAUGGUUUAAACACACAUAAACCUACAUUUUAAUAUCAGUUUUGUUUAGUUAUGUUCAGCCCUCAUCUGUGAGAAAAUAAUAACAGUGGGCAAAUUGCUGAACAGGCUUCACCUCUUCCUUACAGUAAACACUGAGACAGGAGAAAGUGAAGCUUGUUUCAGAAAAAUCAAACCCAAACACAAGUUUCAUUUAACAUGAAUAAGAUUUCAUAGUUUGUUCAAUCACAUGAGACAGAAAUGAGAGAGUCAUGAAGUUACAAAAACAGUCUGUUCUCUCUUCAGACUGAGACAUGACCUUGAUGUGGUUUUAAUCUCACAAGUAAAGUCUGGAGUCGUCUUGGAUAUUUUGCUUGAAGCGAUCACAGGAUAAUAUUUUUUGUAAUUUACAUGUUUUUCAGUAUUAAACCCUCCUCCUGCCCUGCAUCCACGCUCAGGCUGUAUUUCUUUAGGAUCCCCAGUGUUGAUCUUUCCCUGCACUUUUAUGAGGCUGCGCUUUAAAACUUAUGAUCUCUGUCUGGAGGAGCUUGAAUCACAGCUUUGUGCUGAAAUAUAUACCUGAUUGUGCUGGCUGAUUCUGUGCAGAAGAGGACAUAGGCGCUCGUGGAUCACAGGGUUAUAAAAACUCAUAAAUCUGAGGUGUUUGUUCUCAGUUUGACUCCUUUCUGUGGGAGCUGUUUCCCUGCAGGAGCUCUGAGUUUCAGAAGACGUCUGUGAGUCCUGCAGCAGACGACGAACCUGCGGGGUGGUCAGGUUAGUCUGUGCUGAGAGAUUUUACUGCUCUGGAUGCAAACAGCAGCUCAGAGUUCAUUACCACGCUCAGAGCGGCUGAUCCUGUGCUGAAACCAGAGUCCUGGCAGGAGGCCCAGCUGGCGUUUCUGACAUUUUACUGGUUAGUGGAGCUGAGGAGGUGAAGGUGAACGCAUGAACACUCCGAGCUGAGUCAUCACAGAGAGACGGGGGCAGGGGGUGGUCGGAGAACAGUGUCUGUAAUGUUUGAGGAUGGGGACAGAGAGCCAACUUGACCCCAGUUCAGAUAUUUGGGCGGCUGAAUGUGGCGAGAAGUCAUCAGAUCUCAGCAGAACAUCUGCAGGGAGUCUGUCUGUUAAUGAGGCUGUUUCUGCAGAGAGGGGGAGAGAGGAGGCACAAGAUCAGAGCUCAGAUGACUCAGUCACAAGAAGGUCACCAGUUAACGGGUACUGACUUUCACAGAUCCAGCUGUGUGUGUUUUUUUUAAAACUUCCAGUUAAAACUGGAGAAAGUCUCUAUCAGCAUGAGUCAUCACUGACCGCACACAGCAAUUUUCAGCCACUCUUGUCUAGAAAGAUAUUUAAGGAGGUAGUUUGGUAAAGCGAAGACAUUGCAGGCUGCAAACACACUCAAAACCGCCUACUAUAACUUGCUCCAGAGAUCCCGAGGAUGAUUAUAUUUAUCUUGUGAGAGAAAAUAACCUGUGUGCACUCAGUAGAGAGAGUGAUUCAUUUGUCAUCAAAUGCCGUUAUUUGCCAGUAAUUUACUGCUUGUGUGAUGAUGGAUUCCUAUGAGCAUUUCACUGGGACUGGUCUUUUUGUGCAAGAUGAGUGCAACAUGCUGCUGGUGAGAACUGAGGGGUGUGUCCCGUGUUGGGUUGAUGUGUAACAGUCUUUGCUAAAACCUGUCAAAUUAAUUCCGUUUUUUUAGUUUAAGUGCUGUUUUAGUCAUGUGGUGUGUUUGAGAGAACCCUUUAGACGCGACCCUCUUCAACAUACCUGUCUAAAAUACUUUUAAAAGAAGAGGGGAGAAUCUCUUUAGGGCUACAUACUGGAUAAAAUCUGGGACCCUGUUUUGAAACCAGUUGCUGUGAGUCAUGUUAGCUGUUGAUAUGAUGCUGGCCUCCAGCAGACUGUACCGUAAAUGACACAGCACAAGUGAAGUACGGGUGAAGUAAUGUUUGAUCUGCUUUGAGGUCCAGAACACGUGAGAUAAAAGAAAAUUAGCACUAAUGAAUUUUGGUAGAACAGAUUCACUUCUCUACAUGCAGUUUGAAGAGCUCAUCAUGAUGAUUCUAACUUCAAUUACUUUCUUUGACGUCUCACAGCAAUAACCUAAAUUUGAGUUUCUUUUUUGUUUACCAGCCAAGAACACUACAUUUCAGCCCGAAUGUUAACUUUGUAAAAACUACUUGAAUGCAGCCUGCUGCAUAAUUAUGUUUGCUUGCCAUGCUUGAAUAAUAUGAACAGGUAAGUGUAAGGGUUAGUAAUUUUGCUCACUGUGUGAUGCUUUGCUUGCUCAUAACUUUGUCAGUGAGCAGCAGUGAGAUCGUUAAGUGCCCAGUGGCGUGUCACGCUAUAUGCCUGUAGUUCAACGGUGUGUGUGCCGUGACCAACGACCUGCCAUUAAAAUGUGUCAUGCUCUACUCAGUGAUUCGUCACCAGGGUGCAAAGACACGUUUUUGUCUUCAUGCAAACAUGAAUAUAAUGUAGAGAUGCAAAUAAAGAAAUGUAAAGAUUUCUCCAGCUAGCCUGUCAGCUGAGCCAAUCAUAGCAGACAGAUGGGAAUACACUAAAUCUUGAAUUGCUAAGCAUUUGCUAUCAACAUGGAGUUAGCUAAAUUUUUAAACAGAGUAUUUGUGAUUGGCCAAAAUGUAAAUCUCUGUAAUACAACAAUGCUAUCUCACAUUUAGUUUAACCAUUACUUUUUAUGUGAAAGAGAUCUGAUCUAUAACGCUUCAGAAUAUCAGAAUAAACAGCCUGUUGAAGCCAAUAAGGAGUUUUAAAGGGAAUAGUUUGGUUUGACUGAAGUAUAAGAAGUACUUCUGAGCAGAGAGUGCACCCCUUACAGUUUGAAAAUCCCUCAUUUUCAUUCAGACUCCAGCCCAGGUUUAAUAUUUUGAGUUAGGACAGACAUGUCAGUUUCUCCUCAGGGUUUUCUCUCAUUAAUUCUCUGUUCAGAUUUUAAACACAUUCCUCACAUGUGAACAUGAGCCUGAGGUGACAGGAGGCCUCAUAAAUACAGAAGUGUCAGGACUGAAUGUCACAGAUGCUCCAGGUCAUUCACAGAAACUCUGAUCAUUACAGCCUGUUUUUUUUUUUUUUUACACAGUUCCUGCAAGUUUAAUCUUACAAUGACAAAUGUCCCCCUUGAGGAAGAGGAUUUCAGUCAAAUAAAAGGAAUACUGAUCCUUAAUGAUUAAAUAAAUCCCCUCAAUAUUUGAGAAAAUGACAGAUAAGUGUUAACAUGAUCCCUCAAAAGAUAAAAAGAUGAACCAGUAAACCGUCUGUCUCACAAUUACCUCUGUUUAUCUCAUAAAACUGAUUUUGGUGAUUUUAAUGAGCCAAAUGUUUUUUUUUCUGUCUGUAUUUAUUUAAUAACAAAAAUGUAAUCGAGCUUCUUUUUCAUUGUUUUUUUUACCAUUCCACCACGACUUUUUACUUUAUUAUUUGGACUUUUUAUUUAUCUGGAACAUGACUUUUUAUUUAUGAUUAUGGCUUUUUAUUCAAGAACAUUACUUUUUUUCGUUAUCAUCAGUUGAUUUUUUUAAAAUGACUGUAUUAUAAAUUAUAAGUUGGCCUUUCACUCUUUGUAUCUGACUCUACAUCUCAUUUUAGUGACAUUUUACCCUAAAAUCUCUCCUGUAGUUUUAACUUCCAUUAGAUUCCCAUUUCAUGAGUACAGCUGCCGCUUUAUAAAGUCGACUUUUUGUCUCAAAGUCAUGCCACUUCUUCUUAUAGUGAUUUAUUAAUGAUCCAUAAUUACAACUUUUUUCUUUUUUUAACAGUAAUUGUGACUUACUGGGUAAAUAAAACUUUUUUCUUUAUUAUCUUUAUCUUUUUAUCUGACAAUAUGACUUUUUAUUUGACUUUUCAGAAACUGUAAAACUUGUCAUUUUACUUUAUUAAACUAUAUUAAAUGGUUCAGACUUCUUAUUUCAUUGAUGACUUUGAUUUCAUGGUCAUGAUGUUUAAUUCUAUAAUAACAUUUAAUUAUUUUAUCUCAUAAGACUGACCUUUUAUCUUGUGACUAUGCGUUUUAAUUACUUGUUUGUCAUGUCCAAGAAUUUGGGAUUUCUUUUUCAUGACAUUUCAGUGACUAAAGUUGUGACACAGUACUGCGUAACUUUGGCUUUUCUCUCCUAAUAAUAACUUCUCAAGUCAGACAAAUGACCUUUUGUCUCAUUAUGAGAAUCUCUAUUUCAUAAGUACUGCUUUCAUUCAUAAUUUGACUGUUUGUCCCAUCAUUAAAUCUAACUUUAUAAUUGGGAGUCAGCCUUGAUUUUGAUGUCCUCUCUAAAUUUUUACUACUUUUCUCAUUUUUAGGAUUUUACUCCAAACCUCUGAUGUAAUUUCACAUUAACUUUGUCUUUGGUCUUUUAAAAAUAACUUAAUGAAAGCAUUGUUGUUAUCAAGGCUAAUUCUUAAUUUGCGUAUUUAAUAUUAUUACAGAAAGAAGUGGGCUUUUGUGCUUGCUUGCUGUGCAUUUAACAAAGAUCCAGAGUCUGAGGGGCUUUAAUGUUGUAUUUGAACGUUAAUCUAAGGAAACAAGAGACUGUGUAGUUUGUAAUAUUAUAGGAGCUCUUGUGCUCAUAUGUUUCAUGAUAUUUACUUAACCUACAUAGAGUCUAACGCCUCAGAUUACUCACACUUUAGGACAUAGACACAUUUUAACACCUGACAGUAAAUCCAGGGCACAGGGCAGAUGUAGGCGGGCAGAAAUAUUCAGGUGACCUCAUUGGUUUCAGUAGUGAAUUUAUAGCUCAAGCAUUUUCCUUUACCUUUCUUGGCAUCACACACUGAGUUUCUAUGUUCACAGUUUCCAUGUUCACGUUCAGAGUCAUUCUGAAAGUCAAAGCAGCACAGUGAGCAGGCAGGUGGCACAGUGAGCGCAUGAGGCAUCUCAGCUCGCCACACGUGCUUCCUGCUCUGAUUCAGACACAUGUGGUCCACACGCCGCCUGUUUCCUUCAGCAGGUCGGUGAGCUGUCGGACUUCAGCUCUCUGCUGUCACUCUUCAGGAAAGGGUUUAGCAUUUGAGAGCCAAAUAAAUCUAGAUUUAUGUAUUUUUCUGUUGCAGAAGUUGGAGGUUGUGAUGCCACCAUGGAGGCGCAGAACAACAACCAGCCAACGUUAGACAACCUGAACAACCUGUACAAGAUCGCUGCUCAGGACGACCAGGUGGGACAAUAACCUGUGUGCUUUAUCAGGCGACAUAGGACAGAUAAAUUCUCUCCUACGUACAUGUAGACACUGCUUCUUCUUAUGAUGAGCCUCUUCCUGUUCUCCAAACUCUUGACAGUCCAGUUUCACAUCUUUUUCAAAUGUACCACACUGUCUGAGUGUUUAACUUUUCUGUGUUGUUGCUGUUGUUGUGCAGAAAAACAUGUCGGGCCGAAAGUUCUGCUGCACAAUGGCAAACUUCCAGAUCGAGAAGAAGAUUGGUCGGGGUCAGUUCAGUGAGGUGUACAAGGCAAAGUACCUGCUGGAGGGUCAGCUGGUCGCUCUAAAGAAAGUCCAGGUACAAAGCGGAAAAUUGACUCUGUCUUGUUCUGCUUUUUAUUACAACAUUAUCUGCUUUCUUAAUUUAGAUUACAAUGCCAAUUUUGAAGCUCCUCUCUCUUUGUUUUUCACUUCUGUCUUUAUUUCUCAAGCUGUAUUGAUGCUAUUUUUAUCGGUAACCUUCUUUUUGGUUUUCUUUUCCUAUAUAAAAGUCCAUCGCGAUGCUGUUUCUAGUUUGAGUUUUGUAAAUGUCCUGGUUGUUCUUUAGGUUUUGAAUAAGGAUGUGAAAUAACAACAUAUUCAGUUUCUGCUGAAAAUCUGCAGCCUCUCAUUUUCUAGCCUAGUCAUCCAUGCAGUGAUCUGCUAUUAUGUUGAUAAGCUGCCUAAUUGUGGUUGUCUGGGGUGGGGAGUGGGGGGCUUAGACUACUGGCGCAUACAGAUUGGAGGUGGAAGAACUACCAAAACAGUGUUGGCGAGUGCUCCAGGAGAACCUACCAAGCCAAAUGUUUCUGAUCAUGAAUUUUCAGUGUUUUAACAAAGUGAUGACAAAAAUAGCAGGUGGCGUGUCUUUCUCUAAGCUUUGACAUUAUGACUCUGCAGCGCUGAAGCAAAACCACAAUAGCACAAGGGGGAGUGGGAUGCUGAUUGAGUGGGAGUGGGAAUUUUUUUUUGCAUGCACGUCUAUGCAAAUCACUCCAAGUCACCACAGGAGCAAAUUUCAAUCUCCUUGUAGAAGCUGUUUUUCCUGUAGGUGAACAAAUGAUGCAGAGGUUUUUUCACUUCCACAUACGUACGUAGUGUUGCUAGACUAUAUAAGUGAGGAAAAACCUGUCUUUCAUCAAAUGUGACCUUUGAAAUCACAAAUGACACAUAUGUGUGACUUCAAACAGCUUGACAGAAAUUUGCUAAUUUUGACUGUUUCUUUUAUUUGAGGUAUGACUGACUCUUUUUUAAUAAAUUUGGAGUUUCUCUUAAGUUCUUUGGCUUCAACUGAAAGUCAAUUACAGGACUGACUGUUAUCACAAGUCUCACAUUGACACAUCUACAUUUAAGUUCCUCAAAGAUAUUUUGGUACAGAUGACUCAGUGUGAUAAAUUCCUGAUCAGUACGCCAACUUUAUAUCAUUUAGGGGCAGACAAAAAACUGAGUCAUUCUUUGCUUUGGCCAGUAGGGUCGAUUGAUUUUACAGUUAUACUCUUAAAGGUUCCAUAUAAUGACUGAUGGGUUUUCCCAAGCUGAUACAUACAGUAUAUCCUGUAGUCUUCCUCCAGCCACUUCAAAAGUGAUUCUGUGUCCUCCCAUGCCAUUGUGUUUUUGUGUCAAGAGUCAAAAUGUCAAAGAUCAGAGCCAAGAAUUUCAACAGCUCAAUCUUUGGUAGCAAAAACCAACAAAAAUGUCCCAAACUCUGUCCCAGCACCAGAGAGCCAAAAAAAACAAAACAUAAGCUGAUUUUAUUUUGAACAACAAGCAGUUAGAGCUCAUUUGUUUGUUCGUGCAACAGACUGCUUCAACAGAAAAGGUCGAUCACAUGAAGUUACACACUAAAGGCAAGAAACUCGGGACAACACUCAGAUUUUUAAAGUACCGCUCGGGGAUGUGCGGUUGUGACUGUGUCUGCAGUUCUUUAGCAGUUUUCUCUUCUUGUUUGGGUCAGAUUUUGGAUCAUAUGUGUACUGGUUGUUGUGGGUUAUCCUGGAGGGCUUGUCAAGUUUGUCUUUCUGUUUUUCUGCAUCUGUCCACAUCAGUCUGCAACCCCCUCAGUCAACAUUCAGGCAGCUAAUCAGUGCAGCACAGUCAUAGUACCCCAGUCAGCGCCUGAAAUUAAUUUUGUUUCCACCUUGUUGCUGCAGAUCUUUGAGAUGUUGGAUGCAAAGGCUCGCCAGGACUGCAUCAAAGAGAUCGACCUGCUCAAGGUAAAGAGAUGUCAUUUUCCAGCAGCACCUGAAUCACUCAGAUGAUUUUAUGAGUGUAUCCUCACUAUUAAACUCCCAGGUGUGUGUUAACAGCUGCCUCUUCCUGUCUGUCCUCUGCAGCAGCUGAAUCAUCCCAACGUAAUCAAAUACCUCGACUCAUUUAUUGAAGACAACGAGCUCAACAUCGUCCUGGAGCUCGCUGACGCUGGAGAUCUGUCCCAGAUGAUAAAGGUCAGAAGACAUAUUCAUAAUAUCUCAUUGUCAGGACUCGGUUUCUCAAAGCAUCCUCACGCGAAUAUGACACAUGUUGCACAAUUAAUCUUGGCAUCGUUUUGUGCACUAACUGUCCUCUCCUGUGUCUGUUCAGUACUUUAAGAAAAAGCGGCGGCUCAUCCCUGAGAGGACCAUUUGGAAGUAUUUUGUGCAGCUCUGCAGCGCUCUGGAGCACAUGCACUCACGCAGAGUGAUGCACCGUGGUUAGCAUACACUUUUACUCCUCUCACUCUUUGCACACACUGUGCCCUCUGUUAUCACCGCUGAAAUAUUUUCCCUGCUGUUAUUUUUCAUACAAAACUCUCAGGAAAGUCGUGGAUGCUGUCUUUGCUUCAUUUAUUCUGCAGAUUUUCAAUGCAUAAGUCUUUGUCUAGAAGUAAAAGUUUGGUUUUAAAAAAAGGAUAUAGUUCAAGGUUUAAACAUGUUUUUUUUUUGUGUGUUUCCUUACAGAUAUCAAACCAGCCAAUGUGUUCAUCACAGCCACGGGGGAGGUUAAACUGGGUGAUCUGGGAUUGGGACGUUUCUUCAGCUCAAAAACUACAGCAGCUCACUCUCUAGGUAAGUCAUGUAAAAAAAAAAAAUGUGCACCUUUUAAAAAUGAUGAUUUUAUUUUUUAACGUUAUUUCUCUGUUUGUUAGUCGGGACUCCGUACUACAUGUCCCCAGAGAGGAUCCACGAGAACGGAUACAACUUUAAGUCUGAUAUCUGGUCUCUGGGAUGUCUGCUGUACGAGGUGAGAUCACAUUAUUUCAUACCUCCUGACAGGUGACUGAUACAGGUUUAUAAAAAAUAUUUGUUAGUGACCCCCUAGUGGAGUAGAAAUCCUCAGGGGUAACAUGUUAUAAUACCCUGAGAGUUGCAUGAUGAUGUACUCCCAUUUCUUGCCUGUGAGAUCUGCCCUCCAAGAAGCAUUUGUUUGAGUUUUUCUAUUCAAGAAGAGAAAGAUUUCAGCCCGGUGUCUCUCAGAUCUUUAUUUUUGUGUAGCAAAUAUCAUCAUGCAGACAAAUUGACCCAUAUGUGCUACUAAAGAUGUUUUAAAUAAUGUAGCUUUGACAAAGAUUUGACAAAGCUCUCUCAGAGACUUCAUGCUUUAAAAGUGAAUCUCUCCUUAAUCUGGAUUAAAUUAAAAAGUCUCUCAUAAUUUGCCAAAAAGUUACUUGUUUCCAGUAGUAGAAGAAAUGCUUCUAAGAUAAGAAUAGAUGCUGAAUGUUGCAGAAAAAAUGUUCUGCUUUCUGCAUCAUCUUCACUCACCUGUUGUAGUAAAUAGAUCAUGUGGUGUGUUUACCGCCUGUUUUUCUUCAGACUGUGGACAUACGUCUGUUUUAUGGUUUGACAUUUUUAAAGUUGCGGUCCUCGACUUUCUUAUGGUUUUAGUUUAAAAAAAAAAAAAAGACAAACAAAAUAAACAAUGAAAGCUCUCUGCUUCCUGCCGCACAGGAUGUUCCUCCCCCACGUCUCCCUCCUGUUUCCUCUCUGUUAGAUUUUUAAAAACCAAAAACAGAGAUGAGACCUGCUGAUAACAAACAAUAAGGGUUUGACCACCCCUGUUGUAACAGCAGGAACAGAAAGUCUAUUAAUCAACACCCUCUGAACAAUAAACAGGUUAAUAUUAUGAUGAUGGAUGGUUCAAGGAUUUGAGGUUUUUAUUCAUUCAAAUGAUCAGUUUAAUGCUUUUCAGAAAGGCCAAAAGAAUCAUGAUAUUUGAAAAUGUGGCAAAGACAACCAACUUCAAAAUGUUAUUGUAUUAAAAACACCAAUUUAUGCUCAUUUUAAAUCUGUCAAGCGACAUGUUUCUAAAAGGAGUAAAUAGUUGAGUAAUGCUAGAUGAGCAGUUGGCUGACUUGUCCUCCAUUGAAAACAUUUGGAGCAUCAGGACAAAGGAGACCCUGAACUAUUGAGCAACUGAAAUCUUCUAUCACUUUCCAAACUGCGGAGACUGGUCUCCUGGGUUUACUAACGUUUACAGAGUGCUGGGAAAAGUAGAGCUGAUGACUCACAAUGAGAAACAUGAUCCUGAAUCUACAUUUUAGGAAAAUUUUCCUGCAUCUAAUUUCAAAUGAUCAGAUACGUUUCCUCAAACAAAAACAUUUCUCAGUUUCAACAUUUGAUAUGCUGUCUUUGCACUAUUUUCUGUUCUGUAUGGGAUUUAAAUGACUUGAAAACCAUCCGAUCUGUUUUCAAUCAGAAUUUUACACAGUCUUUUUCUUAAAUAACAGGUUGUACAGUGAAAUGGUAGACUGCUAUUUUUCUUGAGAAGCUCACAGACAUGAACAGACGGUGCAGAGGACAGAGGAAAUGCAGGUUCAGUUUACAGACUGUGAAAAUGAAGACUUUCAUACAUAACAACCUGUACUCCCUGUCAUGUUUCUGUUUUAUUGUAACACUGAGUCAGUGUUAAGACAUCUUCACACUCACACAAAGGUUUCACAGUCCUCUGUGCCAACACAGACACUCUGAGCAGCAUCAUGUUGCAGCAUCAUUUACUUUCCUGGUAUUUCAACAUCCUCACCCUUUUCAAUACAGAUUUUUUUUCUUCUUUCUGUUAAUAAAGUGCGAAGCUUCUUGUUCCUGAACACAGGCAUGUUACCUCACUCUGUUUGCAGUCUGCUGAAAAAUUAAGAUGUAAUUUUAUAAUGACUGACUUGUAGAAGAAGCAGGAAAAUCUAAUAAGGAGCCUAAUUGAUUUAUAACUGAAUAAUGUUUCCUUCUUGGUGGUCAGCAUCCUUUCCCAGAGCUGACUGCAAAACACACUGACUUCCUGAAGCUGUAUGUUUCACCAGACUUUUUAUAUUAAACAAGAGAGUGUUGGGGAAAUUAACAACAUGCUUAAUAUCUGGAAAAACAAGCCAAAAUCAGACUGUUGGUAAGUUAUUCUGUUCAACAAACAUAGCUUGUCGAGUGCUCAGAUGGAUCUCACAUGAUGCUGUAUCAGGAUCUGCAUCAGGGUUAUUCCUGCCUGCAGAACUGAUGAGAAGUUAUAAAAGCGUUGAACUAGUGUUUGUUAUAAUCAGCUGGCACCGGUGGAGAAAAAAGUUCAGAAAGUCACCAAAAUAUAGACUCCCCCGACGUCUUCUCUCUCUUUUCUCUCAGCGUUUUCCUUUAAAACUUCCUUAUGCAUGCUGUCUGCUUGUUUGUCCAGAUGGCGGCACUGCAGAGUCCGUUUUACGGGGACAAGAUGAACUUGCUGUCUCUCUGUCAUAAGAUCGAGCAGUGUGAUUAUCCUCCCCUCCCUACGGACCAUUACUCUGAGAAGGUAACACAACAAGAAACCCUGUUUGGCCUCCUGCGUUAAGAAGGUUACCUCUGUUAACAGAUAACUUCUCAUGAAUCAACACUAGAAACAAGAUAUGAGCUGUCUGAAGAGCAGAUACGUCACAUUAAAAAGACCCACAGCUCAAUACAGGAAACAGAUGUAGCUUUUUGUUUCUCACUGUAAUCAAGUAUCCGCAUGUUGGUGCUGGUAAAUACCUAGUUUUCUUGUAACUCGAACUCUAUAUUUGCAUCAGGCUGUUGCAGUUUCACUGUAAGCUGUAUCGGUCAGCAUGAUAGAGAGAACAGUUUGUGCAAAGUUAAAUGGCAUGUUGUAGCACCACCAUCUGGCUAACUUACUCCAAAUUCAAUACUGAGAUCUCUCUGGUCUCCAGCAACCCAACAGCCAAGUAAGAAUAAGAGUAAAAAGAACUUUAUUAAUCCCUCAAGGGAAAUCCAAUACUGGUAUAGUAUGGAUUAAAUCUCACAUAUGCAAUUACAUGUUUUGCCCAGCUCAGUAUGGUGUAAACAAAGGGUCGGAAAUGAACUUCCUGACAUCUAUUUCAGUCCAUUUCAUCAUUAAGUAUACUAUGAUUAAAAACUGAAAGAAUAGACGAGAGCAAAGUUGGAUGCAAUCUUACUUAAACUGAUCAGAUGUUUUUAUCACAGUUCGUAAAACUGGACUGGAACUCCUGAAAAGCGCAAACACUAAUGCUUUAACCAGGGAUCCCUGACUAUCAGCAAGUCAUCAAGUGAUAGUUUCAUGCAUAAAGGACUAGACUGAGACAGAGAAAGCAGCUAAUAUGGAACUCCUGAAAAGUGCAAACACUGGUGCUUUUACCAGGGAUCCCUGAAUAUCAAAAAGUUAUCAAAAUGAUCUCAAAGUUAUUGCACACCCAAUUGCAUAUAGAUUGGUCAUUUUCUACACGCACUCCUGCUAAUUUUUUUCCACAGUGUAACAGUGUUUUCCUUUAAAAUGACUAAAUAAACCCUGUAUUUGACUAAAUAGACUCUCUGAAGCGACCUCUUGUCACUGAGUUAUGGUUUAAGACCACACUGCUGGAGCAGAGCAGCAUUUAUUAGUGAUAAAUUUUGAAGUCAAGAUCAUAAAUUGCAUCUUACUUGCUACUGAUUUUAACAGAUGCUCAAAAUGAUAGAAUUGAACAUGCUAUUAAAAUGCAAUUGAAUGCAAUGCAUAUAAAUUAAAAUUAAUUGAUAUGUAGUUUUGAUAGUUAGUUACAUUUAAAAGAGGACAAAAUGAGCAUUCAGCUGAGUUCCAGUCUUCACAGUAGAAAGUCUUGUGUUUUAUUUUUUUAUUUUUUAGAAAGGGUUUGUAGAUCAGUGCUUUAAUUUUUAAGAACCAGUAUCGGAGCUAACGAAGCUCACUCUCCACAGCUGCGGGACUUGGUGAGCAUGUGCAUCAGCCCGGAUCCAGACCAGCGCCCGGACAUCGUCUUUGUGCUGCAGUUUGCCAAACAGAUGCACAUGUGGACCUCCAGCACCUGAGACCAGAUCCUGCUGGGUCUGAGGACCUGAAACACCUGAAGUCAGAUCUGCCUGGUCUCACCUAGACAGGAGGGAACCAUGGACAGACUUACUUGCACAAGUGGGUGGUGAUGUUCUGUCAUCCCAACCCUUAUUUAGAGUCCUGGAGGAGGUAAUGGGGGGACAGGUGGUGUUACUCAUGUUGAAGGUGGAGUUUAUGAAGCCAUGACUGUUCAUGUGGGAGGAGACUGUUUCUGCUCUUUGUCUGCAGCUGAGGAUCUGAAGGUGUGUGACCUCAGACUGCAGAGUUUUCUGAGCUUCUUUUAUAUUCACCUCCACAGGGGUUCAUUCCAAAUUUAACCCUCUGUGUGCCAGGUUAAGAGCUGCGUUUAUCACCUGUUGUCUGCCACUAUAAUCCUAUCCUACUGCUUUUUCAUACUGUCAAAUAAAGUGCAUCAUUUUUAGGUCAUAUAGAGAAGUGGAUAGUUAGAGGGCAUAGUUAGAUUAUUGCAAGAAUGCAGCUUUUGACAAUGUGUUAUGUUAAAAUGAGGCAACCAGUCGUAAACAUACCACCAGCCUUGAAGCCACAGAUUGUAAGUACAGUAAAACGACGUGUCCAGCUCCCUCUGUUUACAAAAGUGAAGCCAAAAGACCCCAGAACCUAAGCUGGCGUAAUGCAAAAUAUGGAGACUGUGCAGAAAAGAUCAGCUAGUGGUGCAGUUGUGUUUACAUCGUGCCUAUUUCCCUGAACCACACCCACAUUUACCUUGUUGAUAAGACAUCUGAGCUCCCUCAGGUGGGUUCAGUCCAGGUCAAAGCUCCAUUAGGUGGGUCCAUUCUACGGCAAACCAGGUUCUUGUGAGUUUGGAGCGGACACUCGAUUAUGGAUAGUUCAAUGACUCUUGUGACUCAAAGUUUCAGAGUCUCACUGUUCUGCCUCUACUCUGAUAAUCCAGCCCACACAGCACUGCAAAAACUUUACUGGUCCACAGAGCUGUCAAUCAUGUUGCCACACCCCCUAUUUUUAUAGCAGUUUAAGAUAAUCUUGUCUGAAAAACGAACACUGUGACAUAAAUUAGUGUGAGAAGAACUGACAUGUUUGAGAAACAGGUUUUAUAGUUCGACCCAUAUCCAGACUGUUUACAUGGAGGAGGUGGAGUUAAUGACUUACAGACAGACAGCAGGAGGAGAUUUAGCGUCUUGGUUUCACUUUUAGGGAGCUGUCAGGUUGUCCAUCUUUUAUACAGUCUUUGGCUGAAGCCAGCAUGAGUAAUACUGCUUAUCAGUUUCAAGGUGGAAUUUUCCAAGCUCAUCAUUUCUUUUUUGGCCACUAGGGAGCAGUAUACGAAGCUUCAAACAUCUCUGUAACAGGACUGAUGAGAGGUCAAAUAAUUUAGUCCUGUUAAUGCUGCAGAUGUGGAAAGAAUGUGAAAGCUUAGGGCUGGUAUGGUAUGGUAUGGUAUGGUCUUUUAUUGUCAUUGCAACUGUGCACAAUGAAAUUGCAUUUACAGAUGGGGAAAGUACACACAAGGGAUACUUAUAGUGUUACUGUUAGGUCCCUGCAUCAACGCUGCUUUUUAAGGUCAAUUCUAGAGCAACAGAGUAUACAGGUCACAUCAAAGAUUCUUUUUUCUUAAAGAUUUCAUUAAAGUGGUCUCAAUUUCCAGUCAGAAUUCAGGUGAGGGUGGUCCUAAAGCAGAGCUUAGAGGGAUGAUUGGGUUAGCAUAGGGCAUCAUCUGCGUCAUUGUGUAUCAACAUGCUCCUCAGUGUGGAGUUUUAGGACUUCAACUGCACUAUUACAGCUCUAAAACAGGGAAGUCAAAUUUUCAUCUUUUCUGAAAUAUCUUCCUACUCCUCUUCCUCAUCAUCAUUACCAUCAUCAUCAUGAAGCACAGCCCCUCUUUUCUUUCCUCCUUGUGUAUAUCUGAACUGGACCCUUAUUUUUCUCAUCUCUCCUUUCUUUGUGAACUUUUUGAAAAUAUGCAACCCCCUGGCUUUAUUCUUUGAGUUUUAUUGUUAACUCAGUAUAUUUUGACUUAUGUUUACUUUAAUGUUGCCUAUACAUUUUCAUGUUGCAUAUCAUGUCAGUGUUUUAUAGUGGAAUAAAGAAGGAAAGACCUGUGUUAGAGUCAUGGAAAUGUUUGUAUAAUUAUUGAUUGUUAACCCUGAAGUAUCUGCAGAAUCCUUAAGAAAAGGUCUAAACUCAGAGUUUAAUCGGCAUAGCCUUGUUCCAUGGUGGUGGUUGUUAUUUUUAAGGUGUUUUUUAAAUGUUUAAAAAUGUUAAGUACCAGUUUCCAGUGUUCCUCCAUGCAGAUCUGGACCUGUGUUACUGUGAACAUGUAAACUCCAGAGAAAUAAGACGCUGUGAAAGUCUUUAUGGUUUAAACGUCCUCGUGGAAGAAGCAGAUCCGAUGCACAGGACAUUGUUUCAUUGACAUUUCUUAACGAUGGCUCAUAUUAUAAUAAAUGACAUGCUUUACAAAAACAAACAUCUAAAACUGAUUUAUUGUCCUCAUUGAACCACGUCACAGAGUUUUGUGCCGAAAUGUUUUUGAAAAUGAUCCGUCAUGCUUGUCUCUGUUCACACUUCUACUUUUAUAUGUGUGUUAAACGUGAAAACCAAAUAUAUAAAUCAACAGCAGAGGAGACCUGACUUUGUUAUUCAAUUAUGAAGCAGCAUGCAGACCUUCUAUUGAAGCUGCCGAGAGAAACUCUGUUUGAGAUGACUUUGGUGCCCCCUGUGGACAAAAUAAAUAACUGCAAUGCCUUUGCUUAUCCUGACCAAGAUGACACAAUGAUGACCUAAAAACACACUGAUCAUAAAAACUGAAUGUAUUUAUGUUUUCAUUUUGUUAUCAAUGUUGAUGAGACACAUGUUUAAGGCAACUGUUGGGCAUUUCACCCCUGAGACUAAAUACGGAUAUUACAGGACCAUAAGUGUAGAUAAAGUAAACCUUUGUAGAUUCAAACUAUGGUACAACCUGGCUAAAUGAUUUCUAAAUGAAUAAAUUUAAUAUGAAAUGGUUUGUCCUAACAAAA